AUUUCGAAGCCUAUGUUUGGUUACCCAAUUGAGAAGCACGCUUCUAAAUUAUAUACUCCUGCCGUUUUCAAGUUGUUCAAGGCGGAAUUAAAGAAGACAGCUUCAUAUGUUAUUGUUGACAAUUCAGAUGGCUUAUGUUAUGAAGUGCUGCACGUAGAUUCUGAAAACAGAGAAUCCUGGAGCCGUGUAAAUUUCACAAUAACAAUUGAUCCACAUUUGGGGUUAUACAAGUGUCAAUGCAGGCUGUAUGAGCACUUUGGUAUUAUAUGCUGCCACAUUAUGCUGGUUAUGACCCAGACUGGAGUGAUGAAAAUACCUGAAUGUCACAUUAUGAAAAGGUGGACAGUUGAUGCGAGGAAAGGAUCAAAAGUAAAAAGUGGAAAAUCUGUUGCAGUACUGGACGAUGAAGCAAACAGAACUUUAAGGCACAAAAAUUUAUACAUGCAUGUUCUGGACCUAGUUAGUGCUGGUGAGUACGAUAAAACAACAUCGGACCUAGCAAUGAAGUAUGUAGAAUUGGCGAAGAAGAAGAUUGAAGAGUACAAGAUGACCAUUAGUAGGACGUGCCAAGUUGGAUAUAACUUACCUACUUCAAUCAAUGGUGAUAAAGAAGUGACCAUGGAAGGCAUUGGGGAAACAGGAGAUACUUCCUCAUGUGGGCUACAACUUUAUGAUCGAGCACAGAACUGUGGAAUUGAAGUUAGUUCAAUAAAGGCUCCCAUUGUGAAGAUGAAGAUUGGCAGGCCUACAAAUAGGAGAUUCCUUACCCGCUUUGAUGCAAACAUUACAAGGACGAAAGGUGUAGUACAUGGGAAGAAGAAGGUUAAUGUUCCUGGCGGAAGAACUGGAGUACAGCAGACGAGGUUUUGCAGCUGCUGCAAGUCUCCUGACCAUGAUAUUAGAACAUGCCCUGUAAAAAAUGACUACAAUGUUCCGCCAAAGAAGAAGUCAAAGCACAGCAGUACAGCUCACUUUAAAUUCUAGAGAAUAGACAUAUAAUGGUAUUUCAUUCAAACAAUAUAUGCGAACCAAUUGGAUGGAUGACAUAGUGUACAUUUCAGUGAACUAUGAACUGAGAAGCGACUCAUGGACUAUUGCAUCGGUCCUUUCCGAAGAGAGCAGAACUUUGGAUCCGCAAGCACUUCGCACUAAAGGAAAUUGAAUAAAAUAAGUGAGAUGAAAAGAAGGAGCUCUACCUGAUUGGAAAAAUAGAAUGGAAUAAGUGUGACUUAUUGUAUUCCCAUACCUGCUCACUGUACUGAGGUAAUCUUGAUGCAUCAAAAGAGCAGGAAAUCUGAUUAUUCUCUGGUGCCAUAAUGAAUGGUAGUUGAUUCUGCAGGAACAAACAUUAUGUGUGUACACAGGGUUCCCAAAUUAAUGUACUAAAUUAGCUCCGAGGAGUAUUAUUCAUAUACCUCAUCGGUAUAUUGCGGAAAUCCAUCAGAACCAGCAGAGAAGGCAUGAUGCCCAAAUGAGAAGUAAUGUGGUGUACCAUCAGGAAGGUUGAACAAAAGGUUGGUUUUAUUAGAAGAUAGUUUUUAUCUGCUGCCAACCAGGCUUGUUCUACAAAGGAAGUAAGAUGGAAAAUAGUGGGUACUUGGCUGAUGUUGAUGCAGCGACAUCUCGUAGUUCAGCCAAAAGGGUGGCAGCUGUAGUUGGCAAAUUUAGUGAUGAGAAGAAACAACUAGUUCGUGAUAUAGGUUUUGGUGGAAUCCUGCAGAUGCCACAAAUAAACAAAACUCCACGGAAAUUCACUGUCUGGCUGUUAAGCAAUGUCGACAUUUCAUCUAGGUCAAUAGUUGUUAAUGGACAGUGUAAGGUUAAGAUAACCGACAAGGCAAUCGAAAGAGUAUUAGGAAUACCUUGCGGGCCUAAGAAGCUAAUUGGAUUGGAAACAAAUGUUGUUGAAGAAAAAAAUGACUUUAUAAAACUUGCUAUUGGAUCUCUAAGCACAGAUGCAAUGGAAACCUGCGGGCUAAAGGUAGCAGAAGAUGUGCUGACUCUGGACUAUCCAAUUGGUAUGAACAAAGAACAGAAAGAUAGAUUCAAGGUUUCUUUCAUUGUUUUUGUUGUUGGACAUUUCCUUGUUGCGAAAACCAGAACCAAUCAUGGGAUAGAAGAAUUCUGGGGUUCUUUACUAGAUACAAGUUCAAUUCAUCUUCACAACUUUUGUUCACUUGUUAUCGAUGAGAUCAUGGUGUCGGCGAAAAGAGUUCAAGAUGAAUUAAGAAUGAAACACACAAUAAAGAAUGUUACGGGAUGUACACUUGGACUGCAGGUGUUAUACCUAGACAGCUUGGAUUUAAGUACAUUCGCACUACCUCCUGAUAAGUUGCCAAGGAUCGCUCUUUUUGACCUAGUGCUUCUUAAAAGGAUGAUAAAUGCAGAUCAGGAGAAUAAUAUCUCAUACUGCAACAGCGAUAGUUCAACUGCUGGUGGUACAAAUGACGCAAGUGUGAAGAAGAGAGUUCGUUAUGAGGAAAUUGUAGGAACGCCAAGUGCAACGUGGUCAGAACAUGUACAAGUCCCUUUUUUCAGAACACUUCAACCAGCUGUGUCAAGUUAUUUGACAGCUUAUUUGAGAGGAUCGAUCCAACAAAAGUUAUCAUAUGGCCAAGUUGAUGCAUUGAAGUGGCACAAUGCUCGUAUGAUACAUCAUGUCAGGAAGACAAAAGAAUUAUUGUUCGAAGGAGGUCGCAUUAACCUAAAUGAAGAAGGAUUAAAAUCAGUGAUAGAAGUACACAUGGAGACACUUAUGGCCAAUAUAUUCCAAGAUAAUCUGAGCCUAUCACAAAAACUACACACCCACACAUCAACCAAUGUGGCAGCUCCUGCAAGUAAUAUGAGAGGAACUUCGUCCCUCCAAAUAUCAUCUAACUACAGCAGCAUCAGGAGUGACGGUCACAGUUCAGUUGGAGGAGUGUCCGCUAAGGAGAUUGGGGCACCGAGAAAAAACAAAGAAGCUGUAGGUGGCAUGUUCACUCCUCUUGUAGGAAAGCAGCUUUUCGUAGAAGAGAUCGAGGCAUGUUCAAAGAGAAUAAAGGUAGAACAGGAUAGUGCGAGUGCGAUUCAGCCUGGAAAAUGUGACCCGUUCAUACUUUCUGAACAUGACAUUACUGCCAUCAUAGAGAAUGGAUCAGGGAAUUCAAUGUGCCCAAGUGACAACAACUUGAAGCAAUCCAUGUUCAGUAAACUAAAAUGCAAGCAAAGGGGUUUUGCUCCAAAUCCGUGGAUGGGUGGGGCAGCCAAGUCUAGGGUGAGAACAGGUGCCACAAAUGAUCUAUAUGACUGGCUUGAGAAUAACAAUUCAUCUACCCUCAGGAGGAACUGGAUUGUGCACGCUCUGCCCAAGUACAUAGAACUGGAUGGCUUUAACCUUAAGGAUAUAUUCAUAAAGAAAAGAAGGUUCACUGCAGAAGCAUUUGAUAUAGCUAUUAGGAGAACAAUCCAACUAGAUAGUUCUAUGUAUGGAUUGAGAAGGAAACAUUGUUGGAGGCAUAUCAUGGAAUCAGAUUUCGCGAUGCUAGUUCUAGAAAACAAGGAUCCGCUGGAAUGCAUAUCAAUAAUAUACCAAUUCACUAUGAUGUUCAAUGAAUAUGAUAUAUCUGAAUGUAGAAUGAUCAUCGUUCCAGCUUUCGUUGCAAUGAAUUGGUGUGCUUACUAUUGGGACAUGGAAGAAGAGAGAGUACAUGUUGUAGAUCCAAAGUAUGUCAUGCCGAGAGAUCAAAGUGUAGAAGAUAUUCACAAAAUAAACAUUGCGAAAAUCCAGGCUUGUCUACAAAAAGUAGUUGAGGUUCUAUUCGAAGGUUGGAAAGUAAGAUGGUCUGAUUUCAGGACUAACUUUGUGGAACCGAUAAUGUCUUGUUCACCUAGGGUACCUGAAGGAAUACUGACACUACUGGCAAUAAAAGAUUUCGAUGGAUCGAAAUAUGUGGAAAGACAUACUGAGGAAUCUGUAGAGGAGUUCACCAAACUGAUUCUCUACGAGAUGGUGUCUUUAGAAGGAAACUAUGGAAAACAACCAGAGGGUUUUAUUCAGACAAUUAUCUAAAAUAAUGAUAUCUACAUUUGUAGUUCGAUGUAUUAUCAUGCUGACAUUAUGUUAAACUUUGUUGUAUUAUAUUUAUUAUGGCCACGUAUGAA